AAAUUAAAAUUGAGGUGAAGAACUCUUUCAUACUCUGAACAAGAUCAUCUUUCUUCUUUUAAUUAAAACCCUAAAGAACUCGAGUGUUGCUCUUGAAAGUUAGAAUUUUACAUUUAUCAAACACUUCGGUUCCUUAAAUGUUCAAUAAUUCAGUUUAAUCCUUCCUUCCGAUGGAGCAAACCGACUCAAAAUCCAAGAAGGCCUUUUGCUGCCUCUGUAAUCAAAGAAGAGCCGCUCUUAAAAGACCUAAAACCUUAGAGCAGAUAUGCAAAGAAUGCUUUUAUGAGGUUUUUGAAGAAGAGAUACACACAGUGAUUGUGGAUAAUCAGCUCUUUAAACCCGGUGACCGCGUUGCUAUUGGUGCUUCUGGUGGAAAAGAUUCCACAGUUCUUGCUUAUGUAUUAUCAGAAUUAAAUCGACGGCAUAAUUAUGGCCUGGAUCUGUUCUUAUUGUCAGUUGAUGAAGGCAUUACUGGCUACAGAGAUGAUUCCCUUGAAACUGUCAAAAGAAAUGAAAUUCAGUAUGGACUGCCGUUGAAGAUUGUUUCUUACAAGGAUUUGUAUGGAUGGACCAUGGAUGAGAUUGUGAAGAUGAUUGGAUUAAAGAAUAAUUGCACAUUUUGUGGUGUCUUUCGUCGUCAGGCCCUUGAUCGAGGUGCUGCAUUGUUGAAAGUGGAUAAGGUUGCUACUGGACAUAAUGCAGAUGAUAUUGCUGAAACAAUUUUAUUGAAUAUAUUGCGAGGUGACAUUGCUAGGUUGAGUAGAUGCACUUCAAUAACAACUGGUGAAGAUGGACCUAUUCCAAGAUGCAAGCCUUUCAAGUAUACCUAUGAGAAGGAGAUUGUUAUGUAUGCUUAUUUCAAGAGGCUAGACUACUUCUCCACUGAAUGUAUAUAUUCGCCAAAUGCAUAUCGCGGUUUUGCACGCGAGUUCAUCAAAGAUUUGGAGCGAAUGAGACCUAGGGCCAUACUGGACAUCAUCAAGUCAGGGGAGAGCUUUAGAAUAUCCACAUGUACAAAAAUGCCAGAGCAGGGGACUUGCGAACGUUGUGGUUACAUUUCCAGCCAACAGAAAUGGUGUAAAGCUUGUGUUCUGCUCGAGGGAUUGAACCGGGGUUUGCCUAAGCUGGGCAUAGGGCGUAGCCGAGCCCUUGAUUCAGAUGGCAAGAAAGAGAUUCAUCAUGGUCAGGGUGCAAAAAACAUCGAAAGCAAACAGUGCGGAACUUUGGAUUUCUGAUUUUGGAGUGCACUAUUAUUUCAUAUCGAGAAAUAUCUUCUGGUUCUUCCAAGAUGCAACCUAAAGCUAGACACUGGCCAAAUCAAGUCACUGUAGCAUUUUUGUUUACUGUGAAUUACUUGUAUUAGUAAACUCUGUUCAUAUUUUUCUCAAACUGUUAGAAAAAUUUUAGGUGAAUUUAAAUUUGUAGUUACCAAGAGCAAAAAUAAAAAUUCUUUACGUUUUAA